UCAGUGAGCAAGGCGCACCAGGACCUGCAGGCAGGACACGACGAGCAGUGAAAAACAGGACGAACACGAAUAAGACGGAAAAUGUCAGUGCUGGGUAUCGCGAAUGAAAAGUUUGUGCAGGAAAAGUGAAAAUUUCGGUUACGGGACGGCAAAUUUCGGUUCUCGAUUCUGCAUCGAUGAAGCCAUCGCUGCACUAGCCAACAAGUGUGAAAGUGUCGAAGUCGAAUUUGUGUGACAAACGGCGGAAAUUGGCCAUCAUUGGAAGUGUGACACGACGUGGUUUUGGAAGCGAGCUCACAUUCAAUUUUUCACGAUUUGGUGGGCCAAUCGCUGCUGCUAAAUACGGCGGAAUUAGAGCACGGGGGAGGGAGGAAUUGGUUGCAAAUUUCUUUAGCGCUGGGAGUUUGCCACCAGGCAAAUCAUCGUCAUCAUAGGUGUGGAGGAGGAAAACCCGGAAUCCGAAGCUAUGUUCAAGAGCCGUAGCGAAGGAAAUGUCGUCUACAAGUGCACAGUUCGGCUUCUGGAGGAUCUGGACGUUCUGGAGUGCGAAUUUCAGCCACACCACAAGGGCAACUUUUUGCUGGAAUAUGUAUGCGAACAGCUGGAGAUUACGGAGAAGGACUAUUUCGGGCUUCGAUUCGUGGAUUCCACCAAACAGCGGCACUGGAUGGAUUUGGCGAAAACGAUAAUCAAACAAGUAAAAGAUGUGGACCCCCUGGUUCUGUCGUUCCGUGUAAAAUUCUAUCCAGCCGAUCCUUGCCGACUGACGGGGAAUGGAAAGGUGAUGCUCUUUCAGCAGCUCAAACGGGACCUCCGGCAUGGGCGACUGUACUGCUCAAUAGGGGAAGCUGCGGCACUGGGAGCCCUCAUUGUACAGGAUGAACUGGGAGAUUACGAUCCGGAAAGCCACACCGGGGAAUACGUUUCGUCACUGAAGAUAGCUCUCAGGCAGAGUGAACAGUUGGAGAAGAAAGCAAUGGAACUGCACCAAAAACGGGAACCCGGUCAGGAAUCGGUAGCCGCUUUUGACGAAUUCAUUGGGCUAGCUCGCAGUUUGGAAACCUAUGGGAUCGAUCCGCAUCCGGUUAAAGACCACCGGGGCAGUCAACUGUAUUUGGGCAUCAAUUUUUCCGGCAUCAGUACCUUUGCAGCGGGAAGGAGAGCACAGCACUUCCGGUGGCCGGAAGUGCACAAAAUCAAUUUCGAGGGCAAAAUGUUCAUCAUUCAUCUAGCGUAUACCGAUGAUCGCCGAGAAGUGAAAAAGCAUACAGUAGGAUUCAAAUGUCCCUCGGGAUCAGCAUGCCGAUAUAUCUGGCGAUGUGCCAUAGAACAAAUGUUAUUCUUCACGCUUCCAACGAGCCAACACGCCUCAGUGGUAUCCGGCGGUGGUUUCUUCUCCUGGGGCACCAAGUUCAAGUAUUCCGGCCGAACCGAGCGGGAGAUCCUGUCGGAAUCGCUGAACGCCCUGCGCCAACAGAAGCUGAACAACACCAGUCCGAGCAAGAGGAAAGCACAAAGUGUCCCGGCGACGCCCUCUAGCCCCCAGGGAGACCUAGCAGAAAUCCGAUACAGCAGCCUUCCAAGAUCAACAAUGUCCGAACCGCUGGGUGGUUGUAUGGACCACCACAUGGCUACGUCUGUGUAUUGCACCGAUAAUCCACUGCCAACGUUGGAAACAGUUUCGGAAGAGGCUCGCAAAACGAACGGCGAGAGUAACGAUCACCUUUCGGACUACUACUUCCGCGAUUCCUUCGAUCAUUCGUCAUCCGAGUCCGGUUUUACGACCAAUGUCAUCGAAAACCGACUGGGAUCGCAUAUGCUCCACCGGCAGGCGUACACCUCGGAUGCGAUUUCGUCGUUAGCGAUGCAUAGUAUGGCCAACAAUUCGGCUAUCAUCCAGCAGCAGAACGCUAGCAACAGUGCGAAGAAUGCCAAAAAGUUUUCCCUCAUCCACGCGUUUGUGCCGUCGUUUAUUUUCGUGGUCGUGGUGCUGGUUGUGUCCACCAUCUACAUCCUGGAAUCGGAUUCGGAUAUGUUCACUUCGAUGAAGAACUGGCCGGAGAUGAUCUGCCUCCGGUAUCAGUACUACCAGCCGCUGAAAGAAUUCUUGACUCGAAAGUUUGGCGCCAUAUUUUGAUUCGUUUUGCUCAUACGUAGCAGCGGCGGCGGUGGUGGGGCCGGGGAAGAUGGCAGCGGAUUGGAUGGAGACAACGGCUACUAUCCAACGAUGGUAGCCGGAUCAUAUACGGAAGGUCGGGAAAGUGCCGGUAGCAAUGAUAGCCACAUGACCCUCGUUCUUAAUUUGCCGUUCACUAGGCACAUGUGAACAGGAAUGGAUGAACAGAUCAAUCAAGUUUAAAUGGUUGUGUAUGUUAGACUUUGUUAAACUUUUUUCUGUAAGAUUAAUUUGUUUUAUUAUUUUUGAAUAAUGUUUAUGGGCUGCACAACUCAUGCAUAUAAUUUUGGAACGUAUUUAUUGUUAUACAUUGCUCUAGCCUUUGAAUAUCUUAUUUUCUCGAAUAUAGAUGACAUAUUUUACAAACAGCUUAUAAAGUAUUUAUCGUAGAUCUACCUGAAAAACAACUGUUAUUCUCGUUUUAUAUCUCAAUUAAGAUGCGGACUCAAUUUAAUGAACUCUAUUUUGCUGUUGAAAAUGUAGUAUUUUGAAGUGCAUUUGAAAUGUAAUUCACACUAUAUAUGAUCUUAUAGUGCUUAUAGAUUCAAUACAAAGGUGUCCAUCAGACUUGAAAUUCAUACUUUAAUUUACAUAACUGCCGUUCUAAACAAAACUGACCCAUGUGACUUUUGGGUCAUUUACACUUUUUUGCUUGAAACGAUCUCUAUUAGUGCUAACUUUCGAAUAAAAACAAUAAAAGGUAUACUUUGUUCUGAGCAUUUACGAAAUUUUCAUCAAGAUGGUUGUCUCUAUGUUGAUAUUUCUACGCAAGAAUGUCACACUAGAGAAAAUUCUAUGAAAAUUGCAAAUUUUAUCAAAAAAUUCUCUAAAGAUGAGUUUAAACAGUUGAUUACAAUGUCAUUCAUGGAUAUGACCACUUCCCGAAGGAUGGGUGUAUAAGGUCUCGAGUUACAACGCUAUCUACUAAAUAUUUUUGAUGUUUCGACUUAUGCAAGGUGAAAUGCUAGGUAUUACUGAAACCUUGAAAGAAUUAGUAACCAAUUUCAUAUCCCUUAAUGCCUCAGACAUAGUUACUUCGAAUUGGGUUUUAGAGUUUCAAUGGGGAGUCCUGCUUUCGAAUGAACAUUAGUUAUUGUUGUGCUCUAUAAAUCUCGGUAGAAAUUUUUUACAAAUGAUCGAGAUUGGUGAAUUUUCUGACAUAUAAACAGGGAUUCAAGCAUUUUGGGUAAUCUUUUAAAAUUGUUUCCUUUGCACGUCUCAGAUACACAAAAAAAGGACAUGAUUUCAUAAAACAGUUCAAAAUCUUUCAAAACUUGAACAGAGCAAAAGCGAAAGGAAUUUUUACCAUCUUUAUUAUCUGAUUCCAUUUAAAUAUGUUUCUUCAUUUAAUUUUUUUGAAUUAUAUUUUCGUUUUUCAAUUCAUAGUCAUUGAUUCAUUAUUUUUUGGCAAUUUAAAAAUAUGUUUACACUUUUAUCUUCAAAUAGAGAUAACUCAUUCUAAUUACCAAACGUUUUACAUCCAUCCAAAACCUCACAAGUAUUGUGAAACAUGACCACAUCGAUUUUAGCUUCCAUCGAAUUUUAAGUCAACAAGUAAAUACUUUAACCCUCAUCAGGUUGAGCAAUAGAGCGUAUAAGUGAAUGAUACCUUUAUGAUUGCGACAAAAAACGAUUUAUGUUACUUAACAAAACAGAAACAAAUGCGCAAGGGAUAAUAUGUCAAAAACAUUAAAACGAAACAAACAGUUAAGUCUGGUAAUGCGCCAAAAACAAGAACAAAAAAAAAGGAACAAUUACAAAUCAUGAAACAAAUUAAAACAAAGUAGUCUGUACGAGAAACCCAUUUCCUAUAAAAUAACAAACAAAUUUGCGCUUUGAAGCAGACCUGAGGGCUGUGGCGGAAAAUUAAGUACAUUGGGAUUAAAUUUAAAUCCAAACACAGCCCUGAAAUAGGAAGAGAAAAAAAUAUUCGCUUCACAAAAUCGAUCCUUUUAGUAUUUCGAAUCUUAGAACGCAAGGCAAAUGGAAAAAAAAGAAAUAGAAUAUGGAAUGAUGAAAAAAAACCGAUCACUAUGAGAAUAAUGACCUGCACAAAUGUAUAAAGAGCACCGGAAAAGAGUUACGAUUUAGAAUAGUAAGAUUGUGAUGCGACGUGUAGUAGUGUUCAGCAUAUUUUUGGAUUAGAAGACUCCAAUUGUUCAACUAUUUGGCGUAGAUUUACAACAAGAUUACAAGGUGGUCAGACAAGGAACGCUGAAGGAAAAACAAAAUCUAGAUAGGAUGCUUGCACAUCAGAAUAAUAAAAAGGGUGCUGCGAGAUAUAGUUUUCUGAUAGGCUUAUAUAGAAUAUGUACCUUUCAUUUUCCUAACGUCACAUAAACAAAUAAUGUGAAACAUGUUCGAAUAGAAGAGAACUUACUGGAUGCGAGAAGUGAUAUACUGGCUUCAAAAAAAUAGGGAACGAUGAUUACAUUUAAAGAUACUCAAGAACUGAUUGCAAGGUUUUCAUUAUUGUGAAAGGCUAGGUUGAUCGGAUUUUUCAUUAGCAAAUUAUUUUUGCAAGUAUUAAAUCGCUAGUUUACGAGCAAAGUUCAUAGGAAGGUUACUUUUAAAAUGAGGAUAAAAUAUAUGACGAGAAGACAAAACUGAGAAAACAAUAAAGUUGCUUGCCUUAUUUGUUGCAGUACCUUAUACAUGAAAUGCGGACAAAGUAUAAUCUGAUGCAAACUUUUAAAAGAAGAAUCUCAGUUCAGUUGCUUUUAGCUAGCUGAAGUAAAUAGAUGAUCAACUCAUACAGAUAUUCCACAGCUCUGCUACAGAGUCAUGAUGAAACGUCCAAUUCCUAGCCACCAGAAAAAAACGCAUUUUUGAAGUUCUCGAUAAGGCGAUUAGAUGCAAGAAAUCCGAACUCCCAUAUAAAGAUUCAAUAGAAGAGAAAAAGGAAAAAUGUAUUAUAGAGAAGAAUAUUAAGUAACACACUGUGAACCGAGGUACCAACUAUUAGCUGAGAUAUUUGAGUUAUUCAAAGGAUGUUUGUAAGAGAAAAAAACACAAACAAAGCGAAAACUACAAAGUAAACCACCCAAGAGUAUCAAGCUGAUUAGCGACAAUCAUAAAAGUACCGGAGUGCAGCGGGCAGUUGAUUGGGUUUGUUUGGAAAAUUGUGAUUUAAGAGAAUCUUAGAAAUUUUCAAAUUUGUAUUCACUGGAUAAAUUUGUUGAAUUUCUGUAUGAAGACCGCUUCAGCUAAAUUUAUUGGAAACUAUCUGGUUCUAUAACUAAACCAAAUGGUAAUCGCACGUAUUUGACUUCAGUGCCAGUUUUGGAUGAAUUUUAUAACAGUAUGUUUCGGAAAGUGUUUUUGGUACAAGCUUUAUUUCAUGUAUAUAAGUGCGAAAUCUUGGACGAUCUAAAGUUUGUUGGGAUUCGACCGCACCUUGUACAUUGCGCCAUAUUAAAUCGGCGAGAUGCAGCGAAAAGUUCUUACCCACUCCAAAUGGAACGUAAAAUGCCAUCAUAUUGAUCUUGAUUGGAUUUUUUUUUUCAAAUUUGUAACAUGUGUUUUCUUCUUUGUAACAACAUUUCCAAUUCAUGGAAUUGCCGUUUGGUGUAAAGAAAACUCCUAAUAGAUUUCAGUGAACGAUCAAUGUUGAAAAGGUAGACCGUUUUAUCUCCAUAAUGUGAUAACAUUCGCUUUCACGACGUUCAAUAUCACUAGGGCUGUUUUGGUUGGGAUUGUUAUAUUUUUAGCGAUACAUGUGAUGGGGACUUCUAUAAACGUAUGUUAUGAAAGAAGUCGACUAGAUCUGUUUAUUUUUUUUACCUGCAUAUUAAUAAUCAAACACAUUAUUAAGAGACAAUUUUUUUUCGAUACUCAUAAAACAAUAAAAUCCAAUUCAGACUUCAGCUGUCCGUUUGCAACAUCCGCUUUGUUAUCUAGCAUUCCACAUAUAUUCCCCUCCAAAACAACGAUUACCAAAAAUUGUGCAAAAAAUUACGAGUGCUGCUAAACUGUUCCUUCAGAUACAAAAUUUCACUAGACACACAUAUUUACGGUCAUAUCCACAGAUUAGAGCAAGCGGGUUUUCCACCGGUGGGAAAGAAACCAGCCAACAAUUGUAAAUAACAAACAUUGCUCCCGAAAAGAGCAAUGCGAUUGCAUCCCAAACCAAAAAGAAAAAAAACAAGAAAUAGAAACAGAAAAUAUCCUAACCCUAUAUUUUCCCUUUGGCCACAUCGCAGAUUCUGAGUAAAUCACUCACGAGAGACAAAAAACUAUUAAAAUAAAAAUCCAUAAAACAUUGCAAUUUGAUGAAACUGUUAUGAUAGAUGAGAAUGAAAUUUAUGAAGCAAAUGCGAUACAAUGCGGCAUUUAACUAGUCAGUCAGUCAGUAGUAAGGAGUGAGAUCAAACAUAGAACGACGAACGAUAAGGAACAUUUGAUGGGAAAAGCCAACAACAAUGGACGGAAACAAACGUGCAUUGCAUUUGCAAAAUAGUUGUGAACUAUGGCGAGAAACCAUGUAGGAAAACAAUUACAAACAAUUUCCUGAUUAGAAAUAAACCAUCUUCUUUCCUAAA